AUGACGUCCGCGCGCUACUCCGGCGACCGCACUCCAUACAAGCUCCGAGACCAUGAUGCAGUGCCUAUUGCUACCUGGAUCAAUCGGAUUCGAGACUUUAUUGCCACGAAGCCCUUCCGGAUGUUGGGCAAGGCCACUGGCAAUGAGCGUUCCCCGCAGCUCUCGAAGCUCCUGUCCUUCUUGGACAAUUCGAUCGUUCUCCAAGUCGAACGGUUCUUCAAGAGGGACACCACACCCGAAGACUUUCUCAUGAUUAUCAUGCGAGAGUUCGGUCCCAUGCGCAACAUUUUCCUGGAGAAAGGUGAAGAAUCCCAAGCCAUGCAGAUUGCCUAG